CAAGGGAGCUGUUUGUCUGGAGGUUUCCCUUCUCUUACAGAGAAAAUUAAAUUACAUGAAAAAGACUGAUGGGCAAUAAUGAAAUGAAAACCUCAGCAGGCACAGUGGGGAAUAGGGAGGGAUGAGGUGUCUCCAGGGCUCUGGAGUUCUAGCUGGGUUUGCAAGAAUUGCUGUAGCAGCUGAGGAAUUCAGAGCGCCCGGGAAGACAGCAAACUCAAAAACCUGCUGAGAGAGUAAGCAAGUCUCCCAAUUCCCUGUGCCCCAGGCUUCUCUGCAGGACCUGCAACAGAGCUUACAGUAGGAGCUUACGCUCUCCCCAAAAGGAUGGAGGAGGCAGGGGGAUGUGUGACUGAAUCAGGGGGAGGAGCUGAGCUCAGCCCUUCUACUCCUGAACCUGCACAGCAAGAAGCAGUCCAAGAACCAAGAGAGGCCUUAAUUGUCUCCAAGCCUGACACUGAGCUCAGUCCGCCUCUAAUCACUAUCAACAAAGAUGGUGAAGGAAAGGGCCACAGGCGUGGAGGUGCCUUUAAGAAGAUCACUGAGCCAGGAUCAGCUAUAAGAGUGUCAUCUUCAACUGCUGCUGUUUCGCCAAAUGGGAAGAAAAAUGUAGUGCUGUCCAGUGAAGCUAAGAAAGAAUUGGCCAAGCAGGCCAAAGUCACCAAGGAGGAGAGAAGAGCUCAGUUAGACAACAGACACAAGUAUUUGAUAUUAAGAUUAGCAGAUGGGAUAGGCUUAAAUGAACAGGAAGUAGAGGACUUUGUUAUUUCUGAUGAAAAGUUUCAGCUUGUAGGAGAAUUCUUUGCGGAGAGCGGACUUAAAAAGUUACUUUUUUUUUACCAAGAUGCAUGGCAGCAAAAGUCAAAUGUUCCUUUGAGGACAGAUGGGUCUUCCCCAAGUUCACUUUUGCAGAAGAAGUUAUUUAUUACCAUGGGUUCUACCGAGGGCUUAACAGGAACUUGUGCAUUUUUUCUAAGGACUACAGAUAAAGCAAUAACUACUGCAAAUAUCUCUCAGGAGGUGAAUUUUGGAAUGUUUGAUUGUACUAAUGGAAAUAUCCUUCAGGGCCUGGAAAUUUUCUUGGCCCAAGUCAUGGUACCAGCACUUAAAUCUCAGCAGCACUGGGGAGCUGUGAAAGAAGGCUUGAAGAACAGCCAGAUACAAGACUUCCUGUAUUCUGUGGAUAAAUUUGUGGGUACCUUGUCAUCAGCAAGACAGAAUUUAGAAGAUAAAAUUCAGCUGCAGAAGGUGGAUAUUGAGAGUUACCUCAACAACUUGCAUAACCCUUCUGACUACAUAACAGCAGGCAGUAACAUCGAGGUCAUUGAGAAACUUGAGGGAGUGCUAGUAAUUUGGAUCAAACAGAUUGGACAAAUUUUGGUGGAAAGUGAACAAAUGAGAAAAGAAGCUGAUGACAUUGGCCCAGCUGCUGAACUGGAACACUGGAAAUCGAGAAUGGCAUCAUUUAACAGCCUUUUAGAUGAGAUCAAGAGUCCAAGAGUAAAUAAAGUUCUAAGUAUUCUUCAGGCAGCAAAAUCAAGACUAUUAAAGCAGUGGAAAGAACUGGAUGGUAAUGUAACAAAUGCUGCCAAUGAAGCUAAAGACAAUGUAAAAUAUUUAUAUACACUGGAUAAGUUCUUUGGUCCACUUGGUAAAGCCUCACCUGCAGUAAUGGUGGAUCACAUACCCAGGUUAAUGAACAGUAUUCGUAUGAUUUACAGUACAUCACCAUACUAUAAUACAUCGGAACAGAUGACUUCUCUUCUCCUCAAAAUCACUAACCAGAUGAUUAUUACAUGCAAGAUAUAUCUAAGUGAAGGUGUUUUGAAAAUCUGGGACUUGGACAGGCAAGAAUUAUUAAAGAGGGUACAAGAAUGUAUUUAUCUCAAUGAACAAUAUCAAACAUAUUUUCAGAGAGUAAGGGAGAAGCUAAAGGAAAAUCCAAGUGAUCGGCAGUUUGAUUUCAGUGAAAACUAUAUAUUUGGAAAAUUUGACGCAUUCUGUAAACGCUUGGAAAAGAUUUCAGAUAUAAGCAAUAUCAUGGAAGGCCUUUUAGAGCUACAGAAUAUAAAAAUAGAAGGUAUUGAAAAGAUCAGUGCUCGUUACCAGAUGAUUGCUACAAACACCAAAUCAAAAACCUAUGACGUUCUGGAUCACAGGAAACAAGAGUUUGAGAAAGAUUACCUUGAAUUUAAGAAUCAAAUUGAAGGUCUGCACCAGUCAAUGCAAGAAUUAGUAGAUUCUUGGUUUGAGAAAUCUUUAACUACUGAACAGAUGUUGGGACUUCUGAUGAAGUUUGAACACAUUGGUAAAGACCAUAUUGAUCUUACUGAAAAAUAUAUAAUCAUCCUUCAGCGAUACAGCCGAGAUUUAGAUCUGGUUCGAAAACUCUACCAGAAGCAAAAAGAAAAUCCGCCUAUGCCUCGUAAUGUACCACCUGUAACUGGGAAGAUUAUGUGGGCCCGGCAGUUGUUCAGAAAAAUAGAUCAUCCAAUGAAAUUUUUUAAAAAGAAGACUGCACUUUUGAAGACUCCGGAAAUGAAGAAGGUAAUUUGGAGCUACAACAAGAUGGCUGCUGUUCUUUUAGAAUUCGAACUUCUUUAUCACAGAGCAUGGUGCAGGUUUGCUGAGCAAGCUAAGAAUGGACUGCAUGCUUCAUUACUUGUCAGACAUCGAGAAACCAAGGAAUUAUUCGUGAAUUUGGAUCCUAUGGUCCUUGAAGUACUGUGUGAAACAAAAUACCUAAAAAAAAUGAAUUUUGAAGUUCCAGAUGUUGCCCUUGGCAUGUGUGCAGAAGAAGAACAGAUUAAAAAACAGCAAAUGAAACUUCAGGAUCUUUUGAUUGAUUACAAAAAGUUUGUAAAUGGAAUUCCUGCUAUUCUGGAACCACUGAUGAAACCAUUUAUGGAGCAAAUUGAGGAAGCCCUUACUCCAGGCCUGACACAGUUAUCAUGGACUUCUUCAAACAUUGACAAAUUCCUUGAGAAAGUUUAUAAUUCCCUAGAAGAAGUGGGAUAUAUAGUCAAAGAAGCUUCUGACACUCUGGAAUGCAGAAUUGAAAGAAUUCUGCAGGGUAUGUCCGAAAUUCCUCUUGUAACUCUGCCCGAAGAUGAACCCAUUGAAGUACCUGCUUUCCUGGAAAGGACAGAAAAACUUACUGCUGCAGCUGCUGAAACUCUCUCUCAACAAAGCCAGCAAGUGGAACGUUCCAUGUAUGAAUUGAUAGACAUUCUGAAGCACAGAUUGAAACCGGAAGACAAAAGCAAUAUGCAGGAUUCAUUUGCCUGUGGACAUCUUGAUAUGAAACAGAAAACACGCUGCCAGGAAUGUCUGUCCUGUAGUUACUAUAACCUGAUGGGGCAGCUUUGCCAGAAAAAUACUGACUCUCUAGUUAAAUGCACCAGGAUUUCUUUAGAUGCUUUAAGGCGUCGCUUACAUGUUCUCAACUCUAAAUAUCAGAUGACCAAGUUCAUAAAGGAUCAAAGAGUUCCGUUAUUCAAAGCUGAAAUUCAAUUGGCCAUUCCAAAUGUUGUCUUGAGGCCAAGUCUUGAUGAUAUUCAGAAUGCUGUAAACAAAGCAGUAAAUAUCAUAUUAUCGAUGGCCAGAAAUAUACCACUGUGGAAGUUUGCUCAUUUACAUCAUAGACAGCAGCAGAUGGAACAGACUGCUGCCACAGAGCUGGGUGAUGAGAGCAAACUCACCAAGAUGGUGGCAUUGAGACCUUUGGACAAACAGAUCAGUGAACAUAAGGAUGUGAACAAAGCUAUGAUCCAGCUUACCACAGUAAUUUUAUCUCUUAAAACUGAUGCAGCGGAUAUUUUGAAGAGCUUUGCUAAAUUCUCCAGCAUCUGGAAUCAGGAUCCAGAGGAAAAAGUAAAAGAGUUUCUAGAGACUAACCCAGUGAUGUCUGAAUUCCAAACACAGAUUAAUUACUUUUCUCAAUUAGAAAUCCAAAUUAGAGAACUGCAAAGUCAUUGCAUAUUGGAAUCAGUGGAUUUUGCAACUGAGUCUUUGAAAAUGGCCUUAAUUCAGGAAUGUCGUUUGAGGCAGAGAUCAUUUGGAUUAGCUUUAAAAAAAAAAGCUGCCAUGGACAUGGAUGCAAUUUACACAUUCAUUGACAAUCUCAGCAAGCGAUUAAACAGGCCAGUCAAUGAUCUUGAUGAUGUGCGAGGAGCAAUGGAAGCACUAAAGGAAAUAAGAGAGGCUGAGAUUAAAAUUGACAUGACAAUUGGACCUAUAGAAGAAUCUUAUGCUCUGCUACAUAAAUAUGAUCUACUGUUUAAAGAUGGAAAUGCAGAAAGAGUUGAUGGGUUGGCAUAUGCUUGGAAGAACCUAAACACACAGGUAUUGAAGAUGCAGGACUUGCUGCUUGAAGUGCAACCAUCCAUGAAAACAGAUUUACUGAAUGGUGUUAAAAAGUUCCAGAUUGAUGCUGUGGAAUUUUACACAGACUAUAAUGAAAAAGGCCCUGGUGUGGAAGACAUUCCUCCCUGGGAAGCAAGUGAUAGAUUACAAGUCUUCCAAGCCAAGUUUGAUGAACUGUGGAGAAAGUAUAUCACUUUUUCUGGUGGGGAAGAAUUAUUUGGUCUUUCUGUCACAGAAUAUCCAGAACUACAAAAAAUAAAACGGGAGCUUACACUGCUUCAGAAACUUUAUGGUCUUUACAAUUCAGUUAAUGCUAAUAUCAGUGGAUACUAUGAAAUAUUUUGGAGUGACUUGGACAUUGAAAAAAUUAACAGUGAGCUUCUGGAUUUUCAAAACAGAAUUCGUAAAUUGCCUAAGGCUCUGAAGGAAUGGCAAGCUUUUCACGACCUAAAAAAGAAGAUUGAUGAUUUUGCUGAGAGUUGUCCUUUGCUUGAAAUGAUGGCAAACAAAGCAAUGAUGCCAAGACACUGGGAAAGAAUUGCACAAGUAACUGGCCAUAAGUUUGAUGUCGUCUCUGAAAGUUUCUCUCUGAAGAACAUAAUGGAUGCCUCAUUGUUAAAAUAUAAGGAAGAUAUUGAGGAUAUCUGCAUCAGUGCUGUUAAAGAAAAGGAUAUUGAAGCAAAACUGAAACAUGUCAUCAAUGAGUGGAGUACUCAUGUCUUUACAUUUGGCCAGUUCAAAACCAGAGGAGAAUUGCUUCUGAAAGGCUCAGAUACUUCUGAGAAGAUAGCUCUGAUGGAGGAUAGUCUCAUGAUUUUGGGAUCCCUCAUGAGCAACAGGUACAAUGCACCAUUCAAGCCCACGAUCCAACAGUGGGUCCAGAAAUUGGCCAAUACCACAGAAAUAAUUGAAAAUUGGAUUACUGUACAAAACCUCUGGAUUUACCUUGAAGCUGUUUUUGUUGGUGGAGACAUUGCAAAACAGCUGCCUCAGGAAGCCAAGAGGUUUCAGAACAUUGAUAAAUCUUGGCAGAAGAUUAUUCAGAGAGCUCAUGAGACAUCAAACAUAGUACAGUGCUGUGUUGGAGAUGAGACCUUGGCACAGCUACUACCACAUUUGCUGGAACAACUGGAAAUAUGUCAGAAAUCAUUAACUGGGUAUUUGGAAAAGAAACGAUUAGUAUUUCCAAGAUUUUUCUUUGUAUCUGAUCCUGCACUUCUGGAAAUCCUUGGUCAGGCAUCAGAUUCACACACUAUUCAGGCACAUUUACUGAGUCUGUUUGACAAUGUUAACCGAGUGGGAUUUCAUGAAAAGAACUAUGACCAGAUUUUAUUAUUUGAAUCUCAAGAAGGAGAACAAGUCAAUAUUAUUGAGCCUGUUCUAGCUCAGGGUAAUGUGGAAUUCUGGCUAGGACAGCUGCUGAAUGGGAUUAAGAAAACAAUACACUCUAUCAUUAGACAGGCAUCUAUAGCCAUUAGUGAUUCAGGAUUUAAGCUGUAUGACUUUCAGACAACGUUUCCUGCACAAAUCGGUCUUCUGGGAAUUCAAAUGAUUUGGACCAGAGAUGCAGAGGAUGCUCUAAACAGUGCCAAAACAGACAAAAAGGUCAUGCACACAACAAAUCAGAAGUUUCUGGACCUUUUAAAUGAUUUGAUUGACGUGACAACAUGUAAUCUGACAAGGAUGGAGCGCACAAAAUAUGAGACUUUAAUCACUAUUCAUGUACAUCAAAAGGAUAUCUUUGAUGAUUUGGUCCGUAUGAAUAUUAAAUCUCCAUCUGACUUUGAAUGGCAAAAACAAUCCAGGUUUUACUUUAUUGAAGAUGUGGACAAAUGCAUCAUCCAAAUCACUGAUGUGGAGUUCAGCUACUGCAAUGAAUACUUAGGCUGUACAGACAGACUCGUUAUAACUCCUUUAACUGACAGAUGUUAUAUCACAUUGGCUCAGGCUUUGGGAAUGAGUAUGGGUGGUGCUCCAGCAGGACCCGCAGGUACUGGGAAAACAGAGACAACUAAAGACAUGGGCAAAUGUCUGGGAAAGUACGUUGUUGUCUUUAAUUGUUCAGACCAGAUGGACUACAGAGGCCUAGGUCGUAUUUAUAAAGGUUUAGCCCAGUCGGGUGCAUGGGGUUGCUUUGAUGAAUUUAAUCGCAUUGAACUUCCUGUUCUGUCAGUAGCUGCUCAGCAGAUCUAUAUUGUGCUUCAGUGUAAGAAAAAUAAGAAGCCCCAGUUCAUCUUUACUGAUGGUGACGUUGUUGACAUGGACAGAGAAUUUGGCAUAUUUCUGACUAUGAAUCCUGGUUAUGCAGGGCGACAGGAACUUCCAGAAAAUCUAAAGAUUCAGUUCCGUACAGUAGCUAUGAUGGUGCCUGACCGUGGUAUCAUUAUGAGAGUCAAGCUGGCAAGUGCAGGUUUCCGAGACAAUCAAAUCCUUAGUCGAAAAUUUUACACACUCUACAAACUUUGUGAAGAACAGUUAUCUAAACAGGUUCACUAUGAUUUUGGAUUAAGAAAUAUUUUAUCUGUCUUAAGAACUCUUGGAGCAGUAAAAAGAUCCAAUCCCAAUGAGCCAGAGAAAACAGUAGUGAUGAGAGUUCUACGGGACAUGAACCUCUCCAAGCUGGUAGAUGAAGAUGAACCUUUAUUUAUGAGUCUGAUUAACGACCUGUUCCCUGGAAUUACUCUUGAUAAGGUUGGGUAUCCUGAACUGGAGUCGGCCAUUCGGAAAGAGACAGAGAAAGCAGGGCUUAUUCAUCAUCCUCCCUGGAUUCUUAAGCUUAUUCAGCUGUAUGAAACUCAGCGAGUCCGACAUGGUAUGAUGACUCUGGGUCCGACUGGUUCAGGAAAGACAAAAUGCAUUAAUAUCUUGAUGAAAGCCAUGACAGACUGUGGCACUCCUCAUAAAGAGAUGAGGAUGAACCCAAAGGCAAUUACAGCUUCCCAGAUGUUUGGUACUCUGGAUGUUGCUACAAAUGAUUGGACAGAUGGCAUUUUCUCUACUUUAUGGAGAAAAACUUUAAAAGCAAAGAAGGGAGAACACAUAUGGAUAGUUUUGGAUGGUCCUGUGGAUGCAAUAUGGAUUGAAAAUCUGAACUCCGUUCUAGAUGAUAACAAGACCCUUACUUUGGCUAAUGGAGAUCGUAUUCCAAUGUCCCCAAACUGCAAGAUUGUUUUUGAGCCCCAUAACAUUGACAAUGCUUCCCCAGCAACAGUAUCUCGUAAUGGGAUGGUCUUCAUGAGUUCCUCAGUGUUAGAUUGGAGGCCUAUUUUAAAGGCUUGGCUGCAAACUUUGCCUGCUACACACUCUGAUGUCCUAUGGAACAGCUUUAACAGUGUAUUUCAGGAUUUGAUUGAUUUUGUUUUCACUGCUGUGACACCAAAAAUGCCAGUUUUAGAAUGCAUGUACAUCAAACAAGCUAUUGACCUCCUACAGGGUUUAUUGGCAGACAGAAAUGAGAAGCAGCCCAACCAAGAGCAUCUAGCUCGCUUGUUUGUUUUUGCUAUAAUGUGGUCAGUAGGAGCUCUUCUGGAAUUGGAUGACAGAGUGAAAAUGGAACUGUUCUUACAGAAUCAUUCUACAACGCUGGAACUCCCAGCCGUGAAUGGAGAGGAAACCAUGUUUGAGUUUGGUAUUAGUGAUUGUGGUCAGUGGGAGCACUGGUCAAAGAGGGUACCUGAAUAUGUUUAUCCUAAAGAGUCAGUGCCAGAAUAUACUUCCAUCCUAGUUCCAAAUGUAGACAAUGUCCGAACAGAUUUUCUAAUGGACACUAUCAUGAAGCAGGGGAAAGCAGUUCUACUUAUUGGAGAGCAGGGAACAGCAAAAACAGUUAUGGUUAAGGGUUAUACCAGCAAAUAUGAUCCUGAACUUCACCUGACAAAGCGCUUAAACUUCUCUUCUGCCACUCUGCCAAAUAUGUUCCAAAGGAGUAUGGAAAGCUACAUAGAUAAAAGAAUGGGCACUACCUACGGUCCUCCAGCUGGAAAGAAAAUGACCAUAUUUAUUGAUGACAUCAACAUGCCUGUGAUUAAUGAAUGGGGUGAUCAGAUCACCAAUGAGAUUGUAAGGCAGCUGAUGGAGCAGAAAGGUUUCUACAAUUUGGAAAAGCCAGGAGAAUUCACUAAUGUUGUUGACAUCCAGUUUGUAGCUGCCAUGAUUCACCCUGGAGGAGGUCGGAAUGACAUUCCUCAGCGCCUCAAGCGUCAAUUUAGUGUUUAUAACUGCACCCUACCUUCCAAUUCGUCUAUUGACAAAAUAUUUAGAACAGUAGCUGAAGGCUAUUUCUGUGUGCAGAGAGGCUUCCCAGACAAAAUAUGUAAACUGGCAUCAGCAUUAGUACCUACAACUCGAAAAGUCUGGCAAGCAACUAAAGUAAAGAUGUUACCAACUCCAGCUAAAUUUCAUUACAUCUUUAAUUUACGAGAUCUCAGUCGUAUUUGGCAAGGAAUUCUUACAGUUUCCGCUGAAGUCUGCCAGAACACCAGUGUUUUGGCUGCUCUCUUCCAGCAUGAAUGCAGUCGUGUUAUUGCAGAUAGGUUCAUCAACCAAAAUGACAAAGGCUGGUUUGAAGAUAUGAUAAGAAAGAUUGCUUCUGAGGAUCAUGGUCAAGACUUACUAGGAAAUGACCACAAAGAAUUAUACUUUGUGGAUUUUUUGCGUGAUGCCCCAGAGGCCACUGGGGAUGAACCUGAUGAGAUAGAGCUAGAAGCUCCUAAAAUGUAUGAGUCUAUUCCUUCCUUUGAUAACUUGGCUGAAAGAUUACAGAUGUUCAUGCAGCAGUACAAUGAAACCAUCAGAGGAACACAUAUGGACUUAGUAUUAUUCAAGGAUGCAAUGAUCCAUUUGGUUAAAAUAUCCCGAAUUAUCCGUACUCCGCAGGGAAAUGCCUUGUUGGUUGGUGUGGGUGGAUCUGGAAAACAGAGCCUGACCAGAUUAGCAUCAUAUAUUGCUGGAUAUCAGAGCUUUCAGAUUACUCUAACAAGAACGUAUGGCAUUAAUAACCUUAUGGAUGAUCUGAAAAUUCUGUAUCGCACCGCUGGACAGAAAGGACAGGGUAUUACCUUUAUAUUCACAGACAAUGAAAUCAGAGAUGAGUCUUUUCUUGAGUACAUGAACAAUGUUUUGGCUUCAGGUGAGGUUUCCAGUCUUUUUGCACGAGAUGAAAUAGAUGAAAUUACACAAGACCUGAUAUCUGUGAUGAAGAAAGAGUACCCAAGACGUUCUCCUAGUAGUGAAAAUCUCUAUGACUAUUUUCUUACUCGAGUUCGCAACAAUUUGCAUGUGGUUCUUUGUUUUUCGCCUGUCGGGGAAAAAUUCAGAACUCGCGCACUGAAGUUUCCGGGUUUGAUUUCAGGAUGUACUAUGGACUGGCUCCAGCCCUGGCCUAAAGAUGCUCUAGUAGCUGUUGCACAGCAUUUUUUAGCUUCCUACAAAAUUGAAUGCACAGAUGGAGUAAAACAAAGCGUUGUUAAUGCUAUGGGAACGUUUCAAGAUCUUGUAGCUGAACAAUGUGUUGAGUACUUCGAACGAUACAGGCGUCGAACGUUUGUGACUCCAAAGUCUUAUCUGUCAUUCAUCAGUGGCUACAAAACCAUCUACAGAGAGAAAUUUGCUGGUGUGGGAAAUUUGUCUGACCGCAUGAAAACAGGUCUUGCAAAACUCAUGGAAGCUGAGAUUUCAGUAAACCAGCUGUCCAAAGAACUGGCAGUGAAAGAGAGAGACUUGGCUGUUGCUUCUAAAAGAGCUGAUGGCGUUUUACUGGACGUGACUAUGAAAGCCCAAGCUGCUGAAAAGGUGAAAAUGCAGGUCCAAAAGGUGAAAGAUAAAGCCCAUGCCAUUGUAGAUGAAAUUGCCAUUGAUAAAGCAGCGGCUGAGGAGAAGCUUGAAGCUGCAAGGCCUGCACUGGAGGAAGCAGAGGCAGCACUGCAGACUAUUAAACCAGUUGACAUUGCUACUGUUCGCAAACUGGGUAAACCUCCUCACUUGAUAAUGCGGAUCAUGGAUUGUGUGCUACUUCUGUUCCAAAGAAAAAUUGAUUCUGUGACAGCUGACCCAGAACGAACAUGUGUGAAGCCAUCAUGGAAUGAAGCUCUGAAGCUAAUGAAUAAUUCAGGAUUUCUCAGCAUGUUGCUUACUUUCCAAAAGGAUUCAAUUACAGGAGAGAUUGUGGAACUGCUACAGCCUUAUUUAGACAUGGAAGAUUAUAAUCUGGAGACGGCUAAAAAAGUUUGUGGGAAUGUAGCAGGUCUGUGUUCAUGGACACAAGCAAUGGCAUACUUCUACAGUAUUAAUAAAGAAGUCCUUCCCCUUAAGGCAAAUCUAGCGUUGCAGGAAGCAAGGCUAGCAGUUGCGCAAACUGAAUUAAAUAAUGCACAGAACCAGCUUGAUGAGAAACAGAGGGAAUUGGACCAAGUGCAAGCCAUGUAUAAUGCUACCAUGCAAGAGAAACAAACUUUACUGGAUGAUGCUGACGCAUGCAGACGGAAGAUGAACAAUGCCACAGCCCUAAUUGAAGGAUUAGGUGGAGAAAAGAUUCGUUGGACAGAAAGCAGCAAAAAUUUUCAAGAUCAAAUUAUUCGAUUAGUUGGAAAUGUUCUUCUAGCCACUGGAUUUCUCUCCUACUCUGGGCCAUUCAAUCAGGAGUAUAGAAACUUGCUGCUCCGGCUGUGGAAGACAGAGAUGGACCAAAAUAGGAUUCCAUAUAGUGACGAUCUUAACCUCAUCAGUAUGCUUGUUGACAACGCUACAAUUGGAGAAUGGAGCCUCCAGGGUCUUCCAAAUGAUGACCUUUCAAUUCAGAAUGGCAUCAUUGUCACAAAGGCAUCUCGAUAUCCUUUGCUGAUUGACCCACAGGGUCAAGGAAAGACCUGGAUUAAGAAUAAGGAAAAGAAUAACGAACUCCAGGUUACGUCUCUGAACCACAAAUACUUCAGGAGUCACCUAGAAGACUGCCUUUCCCUAGGAAGACCUUUGUUAAUAGAAGAUGUUGGAGAAGAACUCGACCCUGCUCUGGAUAACAUUUUGGAAAAAAAUUUCAUAAAAUCUGGCUCAACUCAUAAAGUAAAAGUAGGUGACAAGGAGGUAGAUGUAAUGAAGGGAUUUACCCUUUAUAUAACAACUAAAUUGGCUAAUCCUGCCUAUACUCCAGAAAUCAGUGCAAAAACGGCUGUGAUUGAUUUUACUGUUACCAUGAAAGGCUUGGAAGAUCAGCUCCUUGGCCAUGUCAUUCUGACUGAAAAACAGGAACUGGAGGCAGAAAGAGUCAAGCUGAUGAAAGAAGUGACAUCGAACAAGAGGAAAAUGCAGGAUCUUGAAGACAGUCUUCUCUUCCGUCUAACCAGCACAGAAGGGUCUCUGGUUGACGAUGAAUCUCUGAUAGAAGUCCUAAGAAUCACUAAAAUAACUGCAGAAGAGGUGAGUGAAAAGUUAAAUGUUGCAGCAGAGACAGAGGUGAAAAUCAACACCGCACGUGAAGAAUAUCGUCCAGUUGCUUGUCGUGGCAGCAUCCUUUAUUUCCUAAUUGUGGAAAUGAGCUUGGUAAAUGUAAUGUACCAAACAUCCUUACGGCAAUUCCUUGGCAUUUUUGAUCUAUCGGUGGAAAAAUCAUUGAAAUCUCAGAUCACAGCCAAACGAGUAGCCAACAUAAUUGAGCAUCUCACCUAUGAAGUAUACAAGUACACUGUGCGAGGGCUGUAUGAAAAUCACAAGUUCCUCUUCACAUUGCUCAUGGCACUGAAGAUUGACUUGCAGGCCAAGAAAAUUUCUCACAAUGAGUUUCAGACACUCAUCAAAGGAGGUGCAAGUUUGGAUCUGAACUCUGUACAGCCAAAACCAAAGAAGUGGAUCCUUGACAUGACAUGGCUCAAUCUUGUACAGUUAUCUAAUCUGUACCCUUUUAAUCAGCUUCUGGGGCAAGUUACAAGGAAUGAAAAGGCCUGGAAAUCCUGGUUUGAUAAAGAAGCACCUGAAGAGACCCCUCUUCCUGAUGGGUAUGACCGUUUACUGGAUACAUUCCGUAAACUGCUCCUUAUCCGGAGCUGGUGUCCUGAUCAUACCAUUGCUCAGGCUCGGCACUACAUUGCAGAAUCUCUCGGUGUGAAAUAUGCAGAAGGAUUUAUUCUUGAUAUGGAAGCAAUGUGGACUGAAAGUGACUGUCGAACAUCCUUGACUUGCUUUUUAUCUAUGGGAUCUGAUCCCACUGAAAAUAUAGAGCGUCUUGCAAAAUCAAAGAAUACUCCUUGUCGUGCCAUUUCAAUGGGUCAGGGCCAGGAGAUCCAUGCAAGGCGCUUAUUAAAUCAGUGUAUACAAGAUGGAGGAUGGCUCCUUCUGCAGAACUGCCACCUGGGCUUGGAUUUCCUUGAUGAAUUAUUGGACACCAUCAUAACAACAGAAUCUAUGAACCCUCGUUUCAGGACGUGGAUUACUACAGAAGUCCAUUCAAAAUUUCCUAUUAAUCUUUUGCAGUCAUCUAUCAAAUUUACUAAUGAACCACCUCAAGGUGUAAAGGCUGGUUUAAAGCGGACAUACUCUGCUAUUACUCAGGAACAGCUGGAAGUGAGCAAUAUGCCACAGUGGAAACCAUUGUUAUAUGCUGUGGCAUUUCUACAUACAACUGUUCAGGAAAGACGAAAGUUUGGUCCGUUGGGCUGGAACAUCCCUUAUGAAUUUAACCAAGCAGACUUUGCAGCCAGUGUGCAGUUUAUUCAGAAUCAUUUGGAUGCGGUUGACAUUAAGCGUGGGGUGAACUGGAGCUGUGUUCGCUAUAUGCUUGGAGAAGUACAGUAUGGUGGCCGUGUAACAGACGACCUUGACAAAAUGUUGCUAAAUACAUUUGCUAGAGUGUGGUUUGGAGAGAGUAUGUUUACUGACAAAUUUUGCUUCUACAAAGCUUACAUUAUUCCAAAAGGCAAGACAGUUGAAGACUAUCUCCAGCACAUAGAGCAGCUGCCAAUGGUCGAUACACCUGAGGUAUUUGGACUUCACCCUAAUGCAGACAUAACUUAUCAGACUAAUAUGGCUAAUGAGACAUUAAGCACAAUAGUUAGCAUUCAGCCUAAAGACAGUAGCAGUGGAGGAGGGGAAACCAGAGAAGCAAUGGUACAGCGUCUUGCUGAUGAGAUGCUGGAGAAGUUGCCAUCAGACUACAUCCCUCAUGAGGUGAAAGCCCAGCUUCAAAAGAUGGGAGAAAUUCAACCCUUAAAUAUAUUUCUACGUCAGGAAAUUGACCGUAUGCAGCGUGUUAUAUCAAGAGUUCGAACUACACUGACUGAUCUCAAACUGGCCAUAGAUGGAACCAUUAUUAUGUCAGAAGACUUGCGAGAUGCUUUGGAUAACAUGUAUGAUGCCAGAAUUCCCAAGCUUUGGUUCAAGAUUUCCUGGGAAUCUGCUACUUUAGGGUUUUGGUUUACUGAGCUUCUUGAAAGAAACCAACAAUUUAGCAGCUGGCUGCUGGAUGGCCGACCAAAUCAAUUCUGGAUGACAGGAUUCUUUAAUCCACAGGGAUUCCUAACUGCCAUGCGGCAGGAAACAACACGCUUGAAUUUAGCAAAAGGCUGGGCACUCGACAGUGUUAUUUUACACAAUGACGUAACCAGGAUGAUGAAAGAAGAUAUUAGCAGCCCUCCUCCUGCUGACAUUGGUGGGGUUUACAUAUAUGGCCUUUUCCUGGACGGAGCAGGUUGGGACCGCAGGAAUGCCAAGCUCAUGGAGUCUGCACCAAAGGUGCUGUUCACAAGUCUUCCUGUAGUCCAUGUGUACGCGAUCAGCACCACUGCACCACUGGAUCCAAAGAAACAGCCAGGGAGCUUGUACUCCUGUCCUGUGUACAAAAAGCCUCGACGAACGGACCUGACAUACAUUUUCUCUUUAUAUUUGAAAACUGUGCAAAAUCCUGACCACUGGACUCUAAGGGGUGUUGCAUUGCUCUGUGAUUCCAAAUAGCACUAUGGCUAUAAGAUCCAACUGGAAUACUGGGCCAAGGGCAUUCAGGCUUUGGUUUUAUUACAUAGCAGUGGUAUAUUUCUAUUCAUAGAGGUAUGGGCAUUAGCAAAUCUUAUUUGUAGAGACAGCUGUAUCUCCAUGGUGACUUGUAUGACCUUUUCACAGCAGGAAUCAUUAAACAUGUUUAACUUGGGAACAUCAACGAGGGAACCUUCAAAUCUGUAACAUGGAAAACAAUUAUAGAUAUAAAAUCUAGUUGCGCUGAAUCUGUCCCCAUUUGCUGCAUAAAUUAACUCAUUCUACUAAAUACUCUAUUCCACAUUCAAAAUAUAUGCUCAUUAAAAAUGCCUCUUGCUUGA